AUACCGAGCGAGAUCCUCCACUCAAUGAGUGUACCUCAAGAAGAACAGAAUGAGGGGAGCACCACCAAUACCGCCAAAGGGAUUCAGAAAACUCCCAUUCGUGGUGGAUCAAGGCCCAGCUCGAGCUCGGGCGGAAGAAAUGGAAGAGCCCAUCCGUGUCGACUUGGAGAGUGCCCAGAAAUGCAAGGCGGUUGACAUGAUCGACUUUUUGCUCGCGUUCUGCCUGUCGGGAAAGGGCAAAUCUAUCCCCGUUCGUGAUGAGCGGGUGCUGUUAUCUGCCUUUGAGAAGGUGAAGGAAGUAGCAAAUCAGGAAGGGACCACCCUGAGGACUGAGCUCUCUAAGUUCCUCAAAGCCGGGACAGAGGCAGAAAUGUACGAUCCAUUUGUAAUCGCCUCUAACUAUGCCCUAGAUCAACUUUCGAAAGUCGAUAUCCAAGGGUUGCCUCAGUACUCUGCCGACAAACAGAUCGUCUUCGUUUGUAACCACAACCACACGGUGAAGUCCCUCGAUCUUAACCGGGAUUGCCGGACUAGACCAGAUAUCGUCCUACUUCAAUGGGAAUCCUUUAGAAACCUAGCCUGCAAUGCUUCCGAUACGUACUCCUGCACUUACGGGACGCAGAUGUGUACCGCAGGCUCCAAAAACCUGGAGCUGGCAUGGAAAAAAGUCCGAUCAACGGUAGAAGUGAAAUUUGACAGAUUACCGAAGCAAGUUAGCCCGAUGAGGUCAUUCAACAACAACUUUAAAGACCUCAAGGAAUCAGAGUUGUGUUCCUCGUUCGAUAAUGACGUCUCAUCUACUGGGUUUAUCCGACAUGUGCAACCUGAGCUCAAAUAUGGCUCCAGGGGAUCGGAUAGGGUGGCCGCGAGGAAGGGCCCAGUCACGUCGGAACAUAUCUCAGAAUGGGCGUACUCUCGCAUGAAGCGCAAGACAGAAGCGCUCAAUGACCACAAUACGACCAAACGAUCCAAGACUGGGGGGGAUGCUGCAGGAAGUUCCGAACGUCCGGCGGUUCCGCAGAAGCAUCCAGUCCACAUUCAGAAUGGGAUCUACGCUGCAGAGAGGCUCUCCUGCUCCCUUGACAUCACUCACGCUAUCAACUUCAUUUUACAAGGGAGCAAAAUAUACAUUACAUGGUCGGAUAGGCAGAGUGUUAUUCGAACGGGGGGCUUCGACAUCACCAAUGACCUGCCUCACUUCCUUCUGGUCCUACUCAUUAUGCAAAGGUUCGAUCUGGCCCGCUGGGGUUUUUUCACUGCGUUCGAGGGGUCGAGUAUCUACCCCGAACGAGGGCCCAAGGAUUCAGUCUUUUUCAAAGCCACCUUCAUCCAGGAUGCUACGAUUCAUAUCUUUCCUGAUGAUGAUCUUAUCUAUGGUGGGGUUAAUCUGACGGGCCGUUCGACCGUUGUAGCUGGGGCCAGGAAGGCUGACGGUUCGAAUCCGAAUACUUCUGUGGAUAUUCGAGAAGCCAACAACUUGGUCACCAAGGCUUCCUGGCCAGAGGAAUCGCGGGCUAGUGAGGUGAAGAUCAUCGAGCGGGCGAUGCAAAUUGGUAAAACCAACAGCCUAGUGGAGGAUCACAUCCCCACGAUGCAUGGCAACAUAGACCCUCCGUAUGUAACAUGUUCGACGAGGUUCAUCCGGGAGUUUCUGAAGCUAGACACGACUGGGGCGCGACUGCUUCGCCUCAUCAUUCUCGACCGUUUGGGGGAGCUCAAGCAUCUAGAUGAGGAAGACGUGCUAAUCGCAUAUUUGGACUGUUUCUUCUGUCAUUGGGGAUUGUGGGAAGGGAACCUUUGCCAUGGAGAUAUCAGCACAGGGAACCUGAUGUACAAGCCAGGUACGAACCGCGGAGUUCUUAUCGACUUCGACCUUGGUCUAUUGGACAAACAGAAGGGACCGAGUGGGAAGGACAACACUGGAACUAUGCCGUUCAUGGCCCUGGAUCUCCUCAGUGUAGAAGCACUCAAGGGCUCGGUUCCACGUCUGUACCGACACGAUUCGGAGUCUUUUGCCUGGUGUCUCAUUUACAUUUGCAUCUGCAUGGAUAGAGGAGAUGAUGGCAAAAUUCUCACCAUCAGUCCUCAUCCUUUGUCAUCAUGGUUCAAGGACCCAGGUAACUGUCUUGCUUCGAAGACUGCAAUAGAAACCGCAACCCUUCUUGUGAGGGCUCCCCUUCACCAACGGUACACAGAUUUUGCUGCAGAGUUACACGAUUACUGGGUUCAGCGGUUCAAUCGCCAAACACGGUUCAAUCGCCAAAUGGCUAAGAAAUCAGUCCUGUUUGAUCAUGAUCCAUUCAAGGAGGAUUUAUCUGAAGACGUCCCGGAAGUUUUGCUGGCCAAGGAUAGCAAAGCCACUCCGGAAGAGUACAAAGAACCCUCGGAUUUGGAGUCAUUCAGGGAUGUCUGUCUGCUAAUCCCUCCACACCGCCAUGUCAUUCCGAAGUCCAAGGGAAAGAUAUUUGCUGGAAUAAUGGGACUCGUGGCUAAUCGUUGUCUGGACAGCUUCUCAUCAAACACUCGCAAAAGUCAGGUAUCACAGCCUGAGCUCCGCGAUAAUGCCAUGCAAGUGUUGAAUGGUGUCAGUCCUCCUGUUGGGAGAAAAUGA